AUGAUUGUUGAAUACUUCCUGUUCAACCUCCUCGUCACUAUCAUUAGUGCUAGCAAUGCUGCUGAUCUCGUUGGCACUUGGACAACCAAGUCACGCAGCGUCGUGACGGGUCCAGCAUUCUACGAUCCGAUCAAUGAUAUAUUCAUCGAGCCAAAUCUCACUGGCAUGUCAUAUUCGUUUACUGAAGAUGGCCACUUUGAGGAAGCAUACUAUCGAGCCCUUGCCAAUCCAACGGAACCUUCAUGUCCCAAAGGUAUAAUGCAGUGGCAGCAUGGCACUUAUUCAGUGAAGUCGGAUGGCUCCAUCGAACUGACACCGAUUGCGGUUGACGGCCGUCAGCUGGUGUCGGAUCCAUGCUCAAAAGACGUCGGCAUGUAUACCAGAUACAACCAGAGCGAGACAUUCAAUUUAUUCACUGUCUCCACAGACGCCUAUCAUCAUGUCCGACGUUUAGAUCUAGCCUCGUUUGACGAUGCUCCAAUGCAUCCAAUGUACCUCGUCUACAAACCGCCUCAGAUGCUACCAACGACGACACUGAAUCCAGCCAGCCUCGAGACAGGAAAGAGUAAGCGCCAUGUCCGCAGAGAUAUAGCUCGUUCUGCGAGUGUCGGCGGGUUCAUACGGAGUGACGACCUCAUUAACCCUGAUCGAUGGUUGUGGUUCGGGAUUUUCAUGACCGCCAUGGGUGGGAUUGCCAUAAUUUAUUCCUAA